AUGCGGUCUGCUUUGAAUGGGAUACUCACCGUAGCCCAGGUCAUUGCCACCUGUUUCAUGGGUUGGAAGGCCCUUUCGCUUUGGACUGGUACACCGUACCCGGUGAUGAUAGUCACUACUGAGUCUAUGGUUCCCGCAUUCUUUCCGGGAGACAUACUAUUCAUCUCCAACCACCAUCGAAACGUCGAAGUAGGCGAUCUGCCAGUCUGCUGGCUACCUCAUAGCGCAUUCCCUAUGAUUCAUAGGGUGCUUCGGGUAUUGUACGAUGAGAAAAGCAAUCCGGAUUGGACUCAGCUCAUUUUGACGAAGGGUGACAAUAACCUCAUUGAUGACACGUUAAUGUAUCCCGAGGGCCAGGAUUACUUGCCCCGCAGCCAGAUUCUCGGGUUUGUCAGGGGUUACAUACCCUUUAUUGGAUGGUGUGUGAUUGGUCUACAAGAUUUCAGAUGGCUUCGGGAACUUGUUGCUAUGUUAUGUCGAGGUAUUGGCUUGACUCAUUGA